AUGGAAUCGAAGCUCCAGAAGUAUGUGGACGCCUAUUUUGAGAGUCAGAGAGGUGGUGUCUACUUCUGGCUCUACUUCAAGCUCUCUAAAAAGCAAAUUUCCUUCCUCUUCCCCAAUCUAUAUAUAAGUCAAAUGGACUUCCUCAAAUUCGUCUAUGUUGGUUACCUGGUGGAUGAGAAGGCAGUAGCAUAUGUAGAGCCUAAAAGUCCUGCUCCUAUCGAGAACACCCCUAACAAGGGCAGGGCGAUGGAAGCUGAUGAAUAUGGAGUCCCUCAUCCAGAUAAUGCUAUCAGAAAGGAGAUUAUUCAUUAG